CACAGCCAAUGGAAGAGCAGCGAGCAGUCGAGCCUUCAUAAACCGACCCUCCGAUCACGUGACUCCACACGAUGGGCUCCGUCGGAGUUCGCGUCGACCUCCUCACUCUAGAGCUGCGCUACGGGACUAUGUUGUUGUGCCGGAGAGCGAUCGAACCCCCUUCCACAUAUUUUCCAAAGGACUCGUAUCGCCUCUCGAGGUGAAGUGUAGGGAUCUUGAGUACUGCCGCACCGAAGGACCUGGACGGAGAGGACCGUACCACAGCUCUCCACCAGCCCUUCUAGAACCCCUCUAGAACCUCUCCAGAACCUGAGCCAUCAAGGCGGCGGCGGAGAACGCACACCGUCCGCCGGAAGCCCGCUCGGGGAUGGUCGAUCACCUGUCGUUUGGCGAGGAGACCUUCCUGUGCUACGCUGGUCACCAUGGCAACGGGCCGGCCUCGUCGCCCCCGCCGCCGGGCGCCACCGGGACAGACGACUCCGUCUACCACCACCACCACCUCCACCACCACCACCACCACCAGCGCCACCUCCAGGAGCUGACGCUGUUCUCCUCGCCCUUCAGCUCGGAGGACGACCUGAGCGACUCCAGCCCAGGCUCCUCCCUCUGCUCAAGCCCCGACUCUUCCUCCUCCUCCUCCUCCUCCUCCUCCUCCUCCUCUCUGGGACACCUCCUCCUGGACUCCUCCUCUUCGCGCUAUGAGGGCAGGAGUGGCAGCAAGGGGAGCAGCUCUUCCUCUGGGAGGGAGAGCCCUGACGCCCUGCUGGACCUCCUCCUCUCGCAGGGCUCCCUCUCCCCCCCUCUGGUGAGCCACGGGGGCGGCCCUCCCUCCACCUCCUCCUCCUCCUCCUCCCCGCUGCUGCCCAUGGGCCUGGCCUGGGAGGCCCGGAGGGAGCAGCGCCUCAGCCUCCUGUCGCAGGGGGGCAGGGAGGAGGAGGAGGAGGAGAGCUUUGUGCUCCCCGUCUUCAUGGAGGAGCUCCACGAGCCCUCUGCGGGCCUCCUCUUCCAGCCGACCCUGGAGGAGAUCGACGAGUUCCUGGAGGAGAACAUGCAGGCGGCCGCCGGGAAGGAGGAGGAGCAGGUGAUGGAGGAGGACGACGAGGGAGAGGAAGAGGCGGCGGAGCGGAUGUCAGAAGACACCGAGGCUGGGAGUCCCAGGGCGUUGGCGGCGGCAGUCCUCCGGUCGGAGGAGGAGACCUCGGACCAGAUGGUUCCUGUGGCGUGCGGCGCCGUCGUAGCCCGCUCCCCCGGGACCUCAGCGGCGAGCGACGAAGCGUCCGCCGCUGAGAGCGAGCCCUCGUCCCCGUCGGCGGCGUACGCCGGUCGUACCGCCCGCUGUGGCUCCGCGUUGAGCGACGGGUCCGCGGCGGUCGCCGUGAAGCAGGAGGAGAGCCUGUCGCCUCCCGCCUCCACGGACGGCUCCGACGCGUCCGCCGCGGCGCCGGUGAUCCUGCAGAUCCAGCCGGUCCAGAUCAAACAGGAGUCCGCCUUCCCCCCCGCGCCGACGCCCAACCCCGCGGCCCCCCAGCCCUCCUCGGACAUCAAGAUCGCCCAGCUCCUGGUCAACAUCCAGGGCCAGACCUUCGCCCUGGUUCCCCAGCUGGUUCCCCAGGUCAGCGUGGCCGGAACCGCGACCCCGGGAACCGCGGCCGUCCCGCCCUCCAAGUUCGUCCGCAUCGCCCCGGUGCCGAUCGCGGCCAAGCCGGCGGGGCCGGGCGAGGGCGGGGACCCGGCCGAGGGCUUCCUGUUUGCCAGCCACAAGUACCAGAAGAGCUCGGUGGCCGACCUCAUCAAGAUGCACAAGUGCUCGUUCCCCGGCUGCAACAAGAUGUACACCAAGAGCAGCCACCUGAAGGCCCACCUCCGGAGGCACACCGGGGAGAAGCCCUUCGCCUGCACUUGGCCCAGCUGCGGCUGGAGGUUCUCCCGGUCAGACGAGCUGUCCCGCCACCGCCGGUCCCACUCAGGGGUGAAGCCCUACCAGUGUGUGGUGUGCGAGAAGAAGUUUGCGCGCAGCGAUCACCUGUCCAAGCACCUCAAAGUCCACCGCUUUCCACGCAACAGCAGGACGGCCCGAUCCGGAACCUGAACCCCCCCCCCCGGAACAGCCAGGACACCCCCGGCACAUGACACCCGACCCGGACCCAGGGGCGUGCGUGCGUGUGUGUGUGUGUGUGUGUGUUUGUGUCCGGGCGAGAGACACAGAGGGCCAGAGAGAGAGAGAGAGAGAGAGAGAGAGAGUGUGGUAACAGUACGCUGUCGGUCCACCUUUUCUGUUCCAGGGGAUCGUGUGCUGGACGUUGUUCCCAGUGUGACGUCAGCAGCCGACCGUGCCGUGUGUGCUUGUGUGCGUGUGUCUCUGUGCGUGUCUGUCUCUCCGUGUGUCUCUGUCUGUGUGUGUGUGUGUGUGCGUGUGUGUCUCUGUGUGUGCGUUCGGCAUGUACGCGUGACGCAUGCUGGCGCUGCUGUGAUAAUUUAUUGGGUGGCGAGGUCUCUGGGGGGGGGGGCGCAGAGUGUCACGGAGACCUGAGCCGCCUGAUCUGGGACCAGCAGCAUAAGCUUUCCCCCCCGUCCCGCUCCUCUCCCGCUGAAUCACGUGAAGCCCCGCCCGGACGUCCUGGGGUCCUACCCUUUGGUUUGUGCGUUCAUCAUCAUCAUCCUCAUGAACUCCUUCGGCAAGGCGAGGACUUUUACUUUGAAAUGUGGGAUCUAUUGGCGGAGGAUUCCUCUCCAGAGUCAAUGAUGCACCCACGUUCCUUAAUCUUCAACAAGCCGGGCGGGUUGCCAGGGACGACCAAGGAGCUCGGACGUGACCCCUGACCUCAGACAGGUGCAGGAGACAACAACAGAGCUAGCUAGCUUGGGUUAAUGUUGGAUUAUUUCCCACAGUCCCGGGCUGCGUCGUUAUGUAACUCGGUUGACGGCCGGUCUGGGACAAACAGACUCUUCCGUUCCUGAGCGGCUUGUUCUGGGGGGGGGGGGGGGGGGGGGGUUAAAACACUCUGACCCUGAACUCAAAUGUGCCCCUACGACAGAGACAACAGCGUCACUCGUCCUCUGGAACGGGCCAGUGGUGUACGGUGUAAAGUGCCUUCUGAAAUACCCCCGUAACGGAGGGAACAGUUCCUUCCUUGAGAAAAGGCUGAGGGUGCCCCCUGUUCGAUGAAAGGUGCCCCUUUGCUGACUUUCCCCACUGCCCCUCAAAUAUGUGUGCACGCCACUGCUGAUUCUGAAGGGUCUGUACUGUAUGGGAAAUAGUGUUAUUAAGUACUGUACCUGGAUAGGACUGUUUAAGUACUAAUCCUCAAGGUAAGAGAACAGUCUGAUGGAUUGAGUAGAAGAACACACGAUUCCAUUGCUAAGAAUUGCUUUUUACUUUUCGAAAUACAUCACCAUGACAAUAUAGUUUGCCUGUUUCUCUCGAAUUUUAACUUGAAUUUACGAAAUGUUGGGGCACCAUCUGGUCCUAGAAAGGGGCAAAUGUUAACGUACAUCUAAUUUCAACUAAUAUAAACCCAAGUGUAUCUUUCCAUUUAGCUUUUAUCCAAAGCGACUUACAAUAAGUACGAGUGUCAGUUCCGAACAUAACAAGCAGAUCUUUCCGAACAUCAGUAUUUAGUUCCGAACAUAACGAUCCGAUCUUUCCAAACACGAGUGUAUAGUUCCGAACAUAACGACCGGAACUUUCCGAGCACGAGUGCAUAUUUGGGAACAUAAGGAGCGGAUAUUUUGGAACGCGAGUGUAUCUUCCUGAGCCUGAUGAGCAUCUAUUUCUAGACACCAACAGUAUGCCGUGUGUGGCUCUGCCUCCCAACCAACGCAUAAUAAAACUCUUACGGUUCUCGCCCAAACCCUGCCAUUUCAUACCUUCCACUGGUCAGCACACAAAUGUUCUCAGCUCUUAUGUGGGUUCCAGUGACGGUUUAUGAUUAGGAUUUUCUUUUGGAGUAAUAAGUGCUUUUAAAAGGCAACGUUGCUAAUCUCUGGGCGAUUACGCUGGAAUGCUUUGUGGAGGAAGACAACAUGGAAGGUGUUCAGCAAGCAGAGUGCUGAGUCAUCAACCGUCUUCAAACCUCACAUCUGUCCCACAUUAGAUCAACUCUCAUCCAACAGAUCAUUUGAAUGAUGUAGGCGGUGUGUCUGUGUGUUUGUGUGUGUGUGUGUGUGUGUGCGCGCGCGUGUGCGUGUGUGUGUGCGCGUUGGGAGAACCAGUUGGAUCAAAAUGUCUGGGCACUAAAUGGUUUAUCGAAUGACACCAGACUAUGUUGUUUCCACACUUCUUAGUAAUAGGAUGAACAAAUGCUUACCCCGUCUCCUAUCACCCAUCCUAACCUAGCCUUCCCUAAUCUUAUGUUGGGAGGUUACUCAGAUACUCGGUACACGGUAAUCCAUCAAGGAUUAGUGCGUUUCUAAACGUUGUUCUUCAACCAUUCCUCAGCCAUUUCUGUAAAACCCGAGCCUUAAUCAGCCAGUUUCAUAUGAAGAUAUGAAAUAUGAGCAAUUGAAUGUACAGUAUGUAAAUACCAAAGAAGACGAAAGCUGUGAUCUCUGCAAUUGUGUAUUUCUACAAAUGUGUAAAUGAAGUGUACAUAACGUUAUAAUUCGAUAUAUUAUAAAAUGCCAGAGCUUUAUUUUUUUGUAAGAUGUUUUUUGCAGCGUUUUAAUGUGAUCACAUGUUUCAUUACUCUGCAAUCAUCUGACAAAGAAAAAUCUGCCAAAAAAAAUCUAUCCGUGUGUCGUAUUUGUUCAAGAAAUCCAUUUGCAAAUAAAAACUCUUAAGAAA